AUGAACAUCAACCCCCAAGACCUCACGCACACCUUCGCCACAUUCCACCACUGCUUCCUCUGUGGCUCGGAAAUUACCCUCGCAGCAACCAGCCGCCGCGGCGAGGGCUGGAAAGCAGUCGCCCAAGAACUCAAGCACCCAUCACCACCUUCACCCCGAGUCCCUCAACCGCUCAUCAAGCCUGGAUUCUGCUCACACACCUUCGAAGGCGAAGAAGCUAGAGUCGUCCACUCCGCGUGCUGGACAGUCGUGGCCAAGUUAUGGGGUAAAAGCACAUUCACCAUCGCCGAACUCGACGGCUUCCUGGAUUGUGCCCGCGAUGUAUCUCCAUUCCUACCUGAGAUAGCGUUCAAAGAAUCCCCAGAACAACUCGACAUUACAAUCGACCACCGCCUAGACGCCAGUGACUUAGACUACCGACCUUCCACCUCCCCAAACGACACCUUCCCAUACUGGGAAUCCCUCCAGAGCACCCUCAAAGACGAGGGUCUCAUCUCCCCAUCCCUCCUCGACAUCACCAACCACGACAUCCCUCCCCGUCUAGAAGCAUUCAUAGCCCACGCCCUCCGCAACGCAACCGAAGUACGCAAAUCCCCCGACUUAAACACCCGCUACUGGGCCGAAGUCAUCGGUAUGCUCGCAAACUCACCAGCACCCCAAUUCUCCAAAGACGAGCCAGACCGCCCCUCGCGCAUCGCCCAGGCCAUACGGAAUCUUCACCUCGGGGGCCCAUCACGCUUCCCUCACACAGCCAACUUUGAUACCGUCCGCGCCAACGCGCUCACCAUUCUCGUGGCGCUGAUACCCAUCCCUGUGGAGGACCUUGCCUCCGCGGACGCAAAGGACGGGAAGCGCGCGAAACUCGAGAGACCGCGCUCGAUCCCCCUCUCACGCAUGAAGCCGCUGGUGCCGUUUCGUCUCAACUUCUACACUAUCCGGAGAGAGUACUUCGUGCAGAACAUGAAUGAUCGGGGAUACACCCUCGGUAUGAAGUACCUCCGCACUAUUGAGUUCGAUGAGGCUCGUGGUUCGUCUACAGAUCUCGUGCCUACGAUAAAUGCCCUCUGUGGUGUGAGACUCAUCAGGGACAAGAUUGGUGUGUUGGCAGUACAUGCAAAAGACGGUCCCGACUGGGUAGGCAUAUGGCAGCAAGAUCCGUCAAUGCAACUCUCGCCUGAAAUGGCUAUCAAACCAACGACUUCAGAGUGGCCAACGGGGUUCACACAGGGUUCCCUCGUCGUUGUCGCAGAUGUACGUAUCCCGUCUCAACCCCUAAACACAUCUAACUCGCGCAGACAACCAAAGAUAUCGCCGUAUUCGACCAACAUUCCCAAUAUCUAUCCGAAACAGGAUUCUCAUAAAAACUCCCCGAAAUCCAUACACGACCCGCCGCUCACACCACUCGGCCACUCGCAAUGCCUCACCCUCCGCGCCUCUCUACUCCAGCGCUUCAACGCCCUACCACCGCAGGACACCGCCGUCAUAGUCAGCCCCAUGAUUCGCACUAUGCAGACUGCCUCCCUGGCGCUGGACUGGCUCGCAGACAAGGGCGUCGUGUUUGAAGCCAGCGCGGACUGGCAGGAGAAUUCGGAUCAACCCUGCGACGUAGGCACGCCGGUGGACUUAAUCCCGCCGUUUCCGUACGUCAGCUUCAAGACGUUGGAUCCGGUGUGGCCGGAUAAGACGUCCGCGAAGGGGGAGCGGUAUAAGUAUCUUCGCGGGGCGAUUGUAGAGCGAGGGAGGUCGUGUUUGGAGGACUUGUACAAUAGGCCGGAGAAGGUGGUCUUUGUGGUUUCUCACUCGGGGUUUUUGAGGGUUGGUUGUGUAGGCUGGUGGUUUUUUAAUAGCGAUUAUAGAAUCUUUGAGUUUGAAGAGGGUGUUGGGAGGGAUGGGAGGAGGGUUGUUAAGCAGGAUGAGGGGACGGUUGAGGGUGGUUUGGGACUUUCUUGGACGGAGAGGGUGCCGCUUGGGGAUGGGUUGCCAGAGCUGCUCAACUGA